UUAGCCUCUCGGGGAUCCUCCCUCCCCCUCCCAGCGUUUCUCUCAGCGGAGUCGCUGGCGCGCGGCGGCUGUGGUGACUUGCGGUUGGCGCCGCGGGACGUUCCCUCCCCGCCCGCGCCCCACCGCAACCGUCCCGAACGGAGCCUCCGUCGCCCGAGAGCGGUCCCCGUCCAGCCGCUGCCAUGAACACGCCGCUCACCGGGCUGGGCUGGACCUCAGCUGCCAACGUGGCACCCGCCGGCUGGACUGCGAUUACGACCACUGUGGAAGGGGUGUCUGCAAACUUUGGAAAGGGAUUUGCACAGAAGUCUGGCUACUACCUGUGCUUUACUUCAGCUAUAAACUGUGCGAACCCCACAGGAGAUAUAAUAUCUGACGUGGUGAUCCUGAGUGACAAAUCUCCACUGCCUUCUGGAUAUGUUUAUGUUAAAGAAUUUUUAGAUCCAAAAUCUUCUGUCUCUAAGAAGAAAAGGCUGUGUGUAAAGGUGAUUCCGUUGGGAGCUGCAGAUCUAGCUGUGCUAGAGAUCCUGGUCACCAGCAAGAGUAAAUUGCUCCCAAACUAUUUGCGGAUAGGGGAAAUGAGUGGCUUUGCUCUGUGGUGUAAAAAGGAUCAUGUUCUCAAGCCCAAACCCCUCCCCAAGCCACGGAAGAUCAAUCUAGAAAUGAAGCAUCUUUCACUAGAGCCAGACAAUUCUUGUGGUACAGAUGCCCCACCAGAAAGGCCUCCACCUCCAUUUGGCCCCAAAAGACAAGCGACCCUUAAGCACCAUGAGUCCAUAUACGAGAGUUCAAAUGUCUAUGCCAUUUCAGCCAUGGAUGGGGUACCCUUUGCUCUGCAUCCCAAAUUUGAGAACAGCGACAGUGGCAGCACUAAUGCUUCUUCAUUCUUUAAAGACUUCCAUAUUAAAUCUCUCACUGACAUCGAGAAAGAGUAUGACUACAGUUUUGUAGUUGAAAGAACGGCAGCUGCCAGACUCCCACCUACCAUCUCGUAGCAGCUUCUUACUGAA